GACCUUUCACCCCAGCAUGGCUGCGCCCGUGGGACCGGUGAAAUUCUGGCGACCGGGUACAGAGGGACCAGGCGUCAGCAUCUCUGAAGAGAGACAGAGUCUAGCUGAAAAUUCUGCCACAACCGUCGUGUUUAACCCGUACGCUGCCCUUUCUAUAGAGCAACAGAGGCAGAAGCUGCCGGUAUUCAGGCUUAGGAAUCAUAUAUUAUACUUGAUAGAAAACUAUCAGACAGUGGUGAUUGUUGGAGAAACAGGAUGUGGGAAAAGCACACAGAUUCCACAAUAUCUUGCAGAAGCUGGCUGGACGGCAGAAGGAAGAGUUAUAGGAGUGACCCAGCCUCGGAGAGUGGCUGCUGUUACAGUUGCAGGGAGAGUAGCUGAGGAGCGGGGUGCGGUCUUGGGCCAUGAGGUGGGCUACUGCAUCCGCUUUGACGACUGCACUGACCCGCUGGCUACACGCAUAAAGUUUCUGACUGAUGGAAUGCUGGUCAGGGAAAUGAUGGUUGAUCCAUUGUUAACAAAGUACAGUGUUAUUAUGCUGGAUGAAGCUCAUGAGCGGACUUUGUACACUGAUAUUGCUAUUGGCUUACUGAAAAAGAUUCAGAAAAAGCGGGGGGACCUUCGGCUGAUUGUAGCUUCGGCCACUCUGGAUGCAGAGAAAUUUCGGGAUUUCUUUAAUCAAAAUGACACCAGUGACCCCUCCAGGGAUACGUGUGUGAUCCUUACUGUGGAAGGGCGGACGUUUCCAGUGGAUAUCUUUUAUCUGCAAAGUCCUGUUCCAGAUUAUAUUAAAUCAACUGUAGAGACUGUGAUGAAAAUUCACCAGACAGAGGGAGAUGGAGACAUACUAGCAUUUCUUACCGGCCAGGAAGAGGUGGAAACUGUUGUGUCUAUGCUGAUUGAGCAGGCUCGAGCCCUGGGCCGAACUGGGAUGAAGAGACACCUCCGCAUUCUCCCCAUGUAUGCAGGACUGCCUUCCUUUGAGCAAAUGAAAGUGUUUGAGCGGGUGUCCCGCAGUGUCAGAAAGGUGAUUGUGGCCACCAAUGUGGCAGAAACUUCCAUUACAAUCAGUGGGAUUGUGUUUGUGAUCGACUGUGGCUUCAUGAAGCUCCGAGCCUACAACCCCAGGACGGCCAUCGAGUGCCUGGUGGUGGUUCCUGUGUCCCAGGCAUCGGCCAACCAGCGAGCAGGGCGUGGGGGCCGCAACCGCUCUGGAAAGUGUUACCGCCUUUAUACAGAGGAAGCCUUUGACAAGCUGCCUCAAUCCACGGUUCCUGAGAUGCAGCGUAGUAAUUUGGCACCUGUCAUCCUACAGCUGAAAGCACUAGGAAUUGACAAUGUCCUCAGGUUCCACUUCAUGUCGCCCCCUCCAGCACAGUCGAUGGUGCAAGCGUUGGAGUUGCUGUACGCGCUGGGAGGUCUGGACAAAGACUGUCGCCUGACUGAGCCUCUAGGCACCAGGAUAGCUGAAUUCCCUCUGAACCCCAUGUUUGCAAAAAUGCUGCUUGAAUCAGGAAAUUUUGGCUGUUCUCAGGAAAUUCUAAGCAUUGCUGCCAUGAUGCAGAUCCAGAAUAUCUUUUUGACGCCCUCAAAUCAGAAGUUCCAGGCAAUUCGAAUGCACCGAAAAUUUGCCGUGGAGGAGGGCGACCACCUCACCAUGCUGAACGUGUAUGAAGCGUUUAUCAAACACAACAAGAGCUCUCAGUGGUGUCAGGAGCACUUCCUGAAUUACAAGGGUCUUGUCAGAGCUGUGACAGUGAGAGAACAACUGAAGAAGCUGCUCGUCAGGUUUCAAGUGCCCAAGAUAUCCAGUGAAGGUGACCCGGACCCGGUUCUGAGGUGCAUCGUUGCUGGGUUCUUUGCCAAUGCAGCGAGGUUUCAUUCUACUGGCGCUUACAGGACUAUCCGUGACGAUCAUGAACUGCACAUCCACCCCGCAUCUGUCCUUUAUGCCGAGAAGCCACCUCGCUGGGUUAUCUACAAUGAGGUCAUUCAGACCUCCAAGUAUUACAUGAGGGACGUGACUGCUGUUGAAUCUGCUUGGCUGCUGGAGCUGGCACCGCACUUUUAUCAGCAAGGAACGCACCUGUCGCUAAAAGCCAAAAGAGCCAAGGUCCAGGACCCGUGAACGGAGCCGGGCUGCAGCUUUAGGGCCGCCCAGUGCCCCCUGGGUGCCCAGGCUCCGCUGCCUAUCUCUGGUGGAACCUUCAGCUGCUCUGAGGGAGCUGCAGCCUGUUCUUUGCUCCCCUGCCCCCCUGCCCCCUCGGCCUCUGCGCCCCUGCUGGGACCAGAGGAGACUGAGCCUGGUGGCAGCUGCUGCGUGCAGGCAGAGCGGGAGUUGGAGGCCUUGCUCUCCUGCGUGCGCCUCCCUGCGUGCCACCUUGGCAGGGCCCUCCUGGCGGCCGCGGGCAGCGAGCCGGAAGCCAGCGCCGCAGGCAGAGGCCCCGCCCGGGCCGGCAGAGGGUUGGCUCGGCUGCCUUUGCCCCACUUCCGGCCGCGAUGAGCUGUGAAGUCUGCUGCCUCCUGUGAACAAGUGUGUCCCGCAAAGGGCAGAGGCCCCAAAGCGCCGGGCCUUCUGCCCACUACUAGGGGCACGCUGGCCGGCCGGGGGCUCUCUGCCCACUACUAGAGGCACGCUGGCCGGCUGGGCGCGUCAGUCUGCGGCAGGAGCUUCUCCAGGUGGUGGCCGCAGAGGCCUGUGCGCUGUUCUCUCUGGCCGGGGCUUCCUCCUUCCCAGGGCCCGGCUUUCCCGCAGCGCAGCAGCAGCCCUAGCGCUGAGCACCAGAGAGGCCCACCCGGAACUCGGACACCCGCGGCCCCAGGCUUCUGUGGCUCGGGAGUGCGCCCCUGGCCCCUUUGUGUUGGUUUCGCGCUCGAUCAGCCGCCAGCAGGCUCUGGCUGCGCCGUUGGCCGGCGCUUCGCUGGUUCGUGUUCCAGCCCGUGACUGACUCAGGUUUUCUUCCCUCCCUGUUUCAGUGACAUUUAUUUUAAAAACACUUAGCUUGAAAAUUUAUUUUUGUACUGAUGUUACUUUGGAUGUGCCACUUUAGGCACCCAACGUGGACGUCAUUUUUAUUUCCAUUUUAUAAACAUGUAAAUGACGUGUAAAUAGCAGUAAACCUUUAUACCGAGAGUAAACCCGU